AUGGAUACGCAGAACAAUGUGGCGGCGUGCAAGAGCGCCUGCGCGGCGUUCAACAAGGAGGAAUAUUGCUGCAGCGGAGCUCACUCGACGCCGGAAACUUGUUCUCCGACGAAUUUCUCGAUGAUUUUCAAGAAGGCUUGCCCUAGUGCCUAUAGCUACGCUUAUGACGACGAGACGAGCACUUUCACUUGUGCCGGAGCUAACUACUCCAUCACUUUCUGCCCCAGUUCUUAA